AUGGCGCCUCACAAGAACGAAGAGGUGGAUGCUGAGGCCGAGCUCGCCUCUCAGCUUGCCGCUGAUGUCGCCGCUGCCGAGUCUUCCACAAAGGCAAAGGCAUCAUUAUCAUCACCUUCAUCUUCCAGCACACCCGCCGUUGAGCGACAGCCAUUUUCGACCCUUGACCUUUCCGAGCCUACACGCAAAGCCAUCGAGACCAUGGGCUUCAAGACGAUGACCGAGGUUCAGGCUCGUUGCAUUCCUCCUCUCAUGGCCGGUAAAGACGUUCUCGGUGCCGCUCAGACAGGUUCAGGAAAGACACUUUCUUUCCUCAUCCCAGCAAUUGAGAUGCUCCACAGACUCAAAUUCAAGCCAAGAAACGGUACCGGUGCUAUCAUCAUUUCGCCCACCCGUGAGCUCGCGCUGCAGAUCUUCGGUGUUGCAAAGGAGCUCAUGGCACAUCACCACCAGACUUUCGGUAUCAUCAUGGGUGGUGCCAACCGCAGAGCAGAGGCAGACAAGCUGCAAAAGGGUGUUAACCUUAUUGUUGCUACUCCUGGUCGUUUGCUCGAUCAUUUGCAGAACACCAAGGGAUUCGUCUUCUCCAACUUAAAGGCGUUGUGUAUCGACGAAGCCGAUCGUAUUCUCGAGAUUGGUUUCGAGGACGAAAUGCGACAGAUCGUCAAGAUCCUGCCUAACGACAACCGACAGAGCAUGCUUUUCUCGGCUACACAGACGACCAAGGUGCAGGACCUCGCUCGUAUUUCGCUCCGACCCGGUCCUCUCUACAUCAACGUGCACGCCGAUCUUGCAGCAAGUACCGUCUCGCGCCUUGAGCAGGGCUACGUCGUUUGCGAAUCCGACCGCCGCUUCCUCCUGCUGUUCACCUUCUUGAAGAAGAAUGCCGGCAAGAAGAUCAUUGUAUUCAUGAGUUCCUGCAACUCGGUCAAGUACCACUCGGAUUUGCUCAACUUCAUCGACGUUCCCGUCCUCGAUCUGCAUGGCAAGCAAAAGCAACAAAAGCGAACCAACACUUUCUUCGAAUACUGCAACGCACCUUCGGGCACCCUUCUCUGCACAGACGUAGCCGCACGAGGCCUCGAUAUCCCCAGUGUAGACUGGAUCAUCCAGUUCGACCCACCUGAUGACCCUCGUGACUACAUUCACCGUGUCGGUCGCACGGCACGUGCAGGCAAUGCUGGUAAAUCGCUUCUCUUCCUUCUCCCCUCCGAACUUGGCUUCUUGCGUUUCCUAAAGGUGGCCAAAGUUCCUCUCAACGAAUACACUUUCCCCGCCGACAAGGUCGCCAACGUCCAAGGUCAGCUCGAGAAGCUCAUCAGCAAGAACUACUACCUUCAUCAGUCAGCAAGAGACGGUUACCGAUCCUACCUCCAAGCGUACGGCUCUUACUCCUUGAAACGUAUCUUUGACAUUCACAAGUUGGAUCUUACAAAGGUGGCAAAGGCAUAUGGAUUCGCUGUACCGCCCAAGGUCAACAUCACGAUUGGUACUGGGUUGAAGGGGUCAGCGUCGAGCAGUGCGGGUGGGAAGAGGAAGGAAGUGGAUGCAGAUGGUGAGGGCGGCGAUGAUGAUGAGAUCAACCCUAAGAGGCAACAGGGUGACAGGAGGGCGUAUUACCGCAGGAACCAUCAGAACGGAAGCGGAAAGGAUCACUUCCGAAAGUCAGGUGCGAAUGCGAUGGGUAACAAGGACAAAAAGCAGUGGUCGCGAUAA